GGGUCCUGCCUCCAGCUGGAUGACUACCUGUCUCAUUGGGCUCUUGGAUCCGCCCCUCUUUCAGCCAGGAGUGUAAAAUGUUCAGCACAGUAAAUACUUUGCUACUAUCAUUGGAGAAGAGCGGGACGGGGAUCCUUCCCCGGUCAGGGAUGAGGUUGGGGUCAGGAUCUGGAGGCCUCCAAGUGAGCUUGGGGUAGAGCCUGGUAAUGAAAGAGUGAAGUCGAGGCCCCGCCCCCUGAAGAAUUAGUUGAUAGGUUUUCCAAGCAGCUACGGGGAGUGACAGUCCUGGCAAUCAAUCAGAUGCAAGGACGGCUUCAGGCAGGGCCUCCAUUGGCUCACUGAGGGCGUAAGCACUUGAAGUAAGCACGUGCCUACGGUUUGCCUAGCUCUAAGCAGUGUCCAGAAAUUCUGCGCAAUGGAAUAGAGGGAAUGAAGUUCCGAGAGGGACAGGGAGUUGCCCGCAGCUGCACAGCACGUCCUCAACCUGACCCCUCGGUCCUGUCUCCUAUCUAUUUCCACCAUGGCCUUCUGGACGCAGCUCAUGCUGCUGCUUUGGAAGAAUUUCCUUUAUCGCAAGAGACAGCCGGUAACGCCUGGGCAUUUGGGACAGGGUGGGCACGGCCCAGGCACUCCUUACUGUUCCCCACUAUCCUGCUUGUUCUGUCUCCCCCAGCUUCAGCUCCUGGUGGAGUUGUUGUGGCCUCUUUUUCUCUUCUUCAUUCUGGUCGCCGUCCGCUAUUCCCACCCCCCAUUGGAACAGCAUGAAUGCCACUUCCCCAAUAAGCCACUGCCCUCUGCGGGCAUGGUAUCCUGGCUCCAGGGUCUCAUCUGUAACCUGAACAACACCUGCUUCCCACAGCACACGCCCAGUGAGGAGCCAGGCGUCCUCAGCAACUUUAAUGACUCCUUGGUCUCCCGGCUCCUGGCAGAUGCCCAUGCUAUCCUGGGGAGCCCCAGUGCUCACAGGAUGCUGGCCAGCUUGGGGAAGCUGAUGCCCACGUUAAGGACUGCACUCAGAGCAAGUGGGAGACCAGGGUCUUCUGUCUGGCCUCAAUCAAGUGACCAGCCACAGGAAGGACUGUCCUUGGCCACUGAGCUGCUGCAAGGGGAGUCCCUGAGGUCUGUGUUGGACCAAGCCCAGGAGUCAGUGGGCAGCUUUGUGGAUGCUGCAGAGGACCUGGCCCAGCAACUCCUGGCACUGCCCAGCCUGGCAGAACUGCAGGCACUGUUGCGGAGACCUCGACUGACAGGUGACCCCCUGGAAGUAGUAUCAGAAGCCCUCUGUAGUGACAGGGGGCCUAGAGUCUCUGGGGGGUCCUCUCUCAACUGGUAUGAGGCCCGCGACCUGAAGGAGUUGGUGAGGCAGGAGCCAGCCCUACCCAACAGUGUCCUGAGCCCUGCCUGUGCUGAGCUGAUAGGGACCCUGGACAUGCACCCACUGUCCCACCUGCUCUGGAGGCGCCUGAAGCCACUGGUCCUGGGGAAACUGCUGUUUGCACCUGACACACCCUUCACUCGGCAGCUCAUGGCACAGGUGAACCGGACCUUCCAGGAGCUGGCUCUGUUGAAGGAUAUCCAUGAGGUGUGGGGAGUGCUGGGACCCCAACUCUUCAACUUCAUGAAUGACAGUGCAAAUAUAGCCAUACUGCAGAGGAUCCUGCAAAUGCAGGACAAAGGAAGGAGACAGCCAGGACCCAGAGGCCAGCACCAGGUGGAGGCUCUUCAAGCCUUUCUGGAUCCCCAUGGUGGUGGUUACAGCUGGAAGGAUGCCUAUGCAGAUGUGGAGCAUCUGGUGGGCACACUGGGCCGUGCUAUGGAGUGCGUGACCCUGGACAAGCUGGAGGCAGCACCCUCGGAGGCAGCCCUGGUAGAGCGGGCUCUGGAGCUACUUGCUGAGCACCGCUUCUGGGCAGGUGUUGUCUUCCUGGGCCCCAAGGAUUCCCCAGACCCAGAGCAGCUCCCAGGCCCAGGACACAUACGCAUCAAGAUCCGCAUGGACAUUGACAAUGUCAUCAGAACUGAUAAAAUCAGGGACAGGUUUUGGGACCCAGGUCCAGCCGCUGAUCCCCUGACAGACCUACACUAUGUGUGGGGUGGCUUCGUGUACCUUCAGGACCUGCUGGAGCACGCAGCUGUGCACAUGCUCAGUGGCAGUGCACCCCGUGCCAGCCUCUACCUGCAGCAGAUGCCCUACCCGUGCUAUGUUGAUGAUAAGUUCCUGCGUGUGCUGAGCCGAUCGCUGCCACUCUUCUUGACGUUGGCUUGGAUCUACUCGGUGUCACUGACAGUGAAGGCCCUGGUGCGCGAGAAGGAGACACGGCUGCGCUACACAAUGCGCGCUAUGGGGCUCAGUGGCACUGUGCUGUGGCUGGGCUGGUUCCUCAGCUGUCUCGGGCCCUUCCUUCUCAGCACUGCACUGCUCGUGAUGGUGCUCAAGCUUGGGGACAUCCUCCCCUAUAGUCACCCAGUCGUGCUCUUCUUGUUCUUGGCGGCCUUCGCUGUGGCCACGGUGGUCCAGAGCUUCUUGCUGAGCACCUUCUUCUCCCGUGCUAACCUUGCAGCCGCCUGUGGGGGCCUCAUGUACUUCGUGCUCUAUCUGCCCUAUGUGCUGUGUGUGGCCUGGAGGGACCAGCUGUCCAUGGGUGGACGUGUGGCAGCGAGCAUUCUGUCACCUGUGGCCUUUGGCUUUGGCUGUGAGAGCCUGGCACUGCUGGAGGAGCAAGGCGAGGGCGCACAGUGGCGCAACGUGGGCACUGGGCCUGCAGCUGACGUCUUUAGCCUGGCCCAAGUCUCGGGCCUUCUGCUGCUGGAUGCCGUGCUCUAUGGUCUCAUCACUUGGUACCUGGAGGCUGUGUGCCCAGGCCAGUAUGGGAUCCCCGAACCAUGGAACUUUCCCUUUCGGAGGAGCUACUGGUUUGGGCCUAGACCCCCCAAGAGUUCUGACCUGCCCCCAGCCUGGCAGGACCCAGAGGAGCUGGUGGAAGAGGCUCCGCCUGGCCUGAUUCCCGUGGUUUCCAUACGGGGCCUAGAAAAGCGCUUUCCUGGCAACCCGACACCAGCCUUGUGCGGACUCAGCCUGGACUUCUACCAGGGCCACAUCACCGCCUUCCUGGGCCACAACGGCGCUGGCAAGACAACCACACUGUCCAUCCUGAGUGGCCUCUUUCCACCCACUGGCGGCUCCGCCUAUGUCCUGGGCCAUGACGUUCAGACCAGCAUGGCAGCCAUCCGGCCCCACCUGGGUGUCUGCCCUCAGUACAAUGUGCUGUUUGACAUGCUUACUGUGGACGAGCACAUCUGGUUCUACGGUCGGUUGAAGGGUCUGAGUCAGGCUGCCGUGGGCCCAGAGCAGGACCAUCUGCUGCAGGAUGUGGGGCUUGUUCCCAAGCGGCGUGCACAGACCCGCCACCUCUCUGGCGGGAUGCAGCGAAAACUCUCAGUGGCCAUUGCCUUUGUGGGUGGCUCCCAAAUCAUUAUCCUGGAUGAGCCUACAGCUGGUGUGGACCCCACUUCCCGUCGCAACAUUUGGGAACUGCUGCUCAAAUACCGGGAAGGUCGCACACUGAUCCUUUCUACCCACCACCUGGAUGAGGCAGAGCUACUGGGAGACCGUGUAGCAGUAGUGGCAGGCGGCCGCUUAUGCUGCUAUGGCUCUCUACUUUUCCUGCGGCGUCACUUGGGAUCUGGCUACUACCUGAGGCUGGCAAAGUGUCUCCAGGCCCUUGCCACCAGCACAAAGUUGGUGCCCCUCUGCCCGCAGGGUGACACUGACAUGGAGGACAGCGUGGAUGCCAGUCAGGAGAGGGAGCUGGGCAACCAGGGCAGCAGAGCCGGUGCACUCCAGCUGCUGGCAGUGGUCCAGUGCCAGGUGCCUGGGGCACAGCUGGUUGAGGAGCUGUCACAUGAGCUGGUGCUGGCGCUGCCCUAUGGGGGUGCCCUGGAUGGCAACUUUGCCAAGCUCUUCCAUGAGCUAGACCAGCGACUGGAGGAGCUGGGGCUGUCCGGCUAUGGGAUCUCUGACACCAGCCUCGAGGAGAUCUUCCUGAAGGUGGUGAAAGACCAUGCUGUGGACACAGAUCCAGAGGGCACGGCCACAGAUGGUAGCCGCAGACAACACCUGUAUGUAGGCAUUACUCAACCAAAUGUGACCACAGGGCUCAGGAUUCUGCCAGAGGAGUCAGUCCUGGAGGACGGGGACCUGGUUGGGUCUGCCCCAGAGAUACAGGCCCUGCGGAGCUCUGGGCCAGACAUCGUGGGCCGGGUACAGGGCUGGACGCUGACCCGCCAACAACUUCGGGCCCUGCUUCUCAAGCGCUUUCUCCUUGCCUACCGUAGCCGCCGUGGUCUGUUCACACAGAUCCUGCUGCCAGCCCUGUUUGUGGGCCUGGCACUGCUGUUCAGCCUCACUGUGCCUCCGUUCCGGUACUACCCAGCUCUGGGGCUCAGUCCCAGCAUGUAUGGUGCCCAGGUAUCCUUCUUCAGCGAGGAUGCUCCAGGGGACCCUGAACGUGUCCGCCUGCUGGAGGCACUGCUGGAGGAGGCGGGAUUGGAGAACCCUGACUUGCAGAACAGCUCCCACAGGGCACCUGAGUAUGUGCAGCCUACUGCCUACUGGUUCUCAGUGCCUGAGAUUCCCGCAGACGUGGCCGAGGUCUUGGCCAGUGGCAACUGGACCCCAGAGUCUCCAUCCCCUGCCUGCCAGUGCAGCCAGCCUGGUACCCGCCGCCUGCUUCCCAACUGCCCCGCUGCAGCCGGUGGCCCCCCACCCCCCCAGGCGCUGACCAGCUCAGGUGAAAUUGUGCAGAACCUGACAGGUCGGAACCUGUCUGACUUCCUAGUCAAGACCUACCCGCGCCUGGUGCACCAGGGCCUGAAGACUAAGAAAUGGGUGAAUGAGGUCAGGUAUGGGGGCUUCUCCCUGGGGGGCCGAGAUGUGAACCUGCCCUCAGGACAUGAGGUGGGGUACUCGCUGGAGGAGCUGCGUGUGCUGCUGAGUCCCCAGCCUGGUGGGGCCCUCGACCGCAUCCUGAGCAACCUCAUAGCAUGGGCUCAUGGCCUGGAUGCUCAGGACAGCCUCAAGAUCUGGUUCAACAACAAGGGCUGGCAUGCCAUGGUGGCCUUUGUCAACCGAGCCAACAAUGCACUCCUACAUGCCCGCCUGCCACCAGGCUCCACCCGACAUGCCUACAGUAUCACCACAUUCAACCACCCCCUGAACCUCACCAAGGAGCAGUUGUCUGAGGCCACCCUGAUGGCCUCCUCAGUGGAUGUGCUUGUCUCCAUCUGUGUGGUCUUCGCCAUGUCCUUCAUCCCGGCCAGCUUCACCCUUGUCCUCAUCGAGGAGCGUGUCACCCGAGCCAAACACCUGCAGUUCAUGGGGGGCCUGUCUCCUACUCUCUACUGGCUCAGCAACUUUCUCUGGGACAUGAAGCUGCAGAAGGUGAGCCGGAUCCUGAAACAGGUUUUCCUUAUCUUUCCCCACUUCUGCCUGGGUCGGGGGCUCAUCGACAUGGUGCGGAACCAGGCUAUGGCAGAUGCCUUUGAGCGCUUCGGAGACAGGCAGUUCCAGUCACCCCUGUGCUGGGAGGUGGUCGGCAAGAACCUCUUGGCCAUGGUGAUACAGGGACCCCUCUUCCUCCUCUUCACACUUUUGCUACAGUACCGCACCCGCCUCCUGCCACAACCCAAGUUGAUGCCACUGCCCCCCCUGGGAAAGGAGGAUGAGGAUGUGGCUCGUGAGCGGGAACGGGUGGUUGAAGGGGCCACCCAGGGGGAUCUGUUGGUGCUGCGGGACCUGACCAAGGUAUACCCCUGGCAGAAGACACCGGCUGUUGACCGCCUGUGCCUGGGGAUCCCCCCUGGUGAGUGUUUUGGGCUGCUGGGUGUGAAUGGAGCAGGAAAGACAUCCACGUUUCGCAUGGUGACUGGGGACACGCUGCCCAGUGGGGGCGAGGCCAUACUGGCAGGCCACAGUGUGACUCAGGAGCCAGCUGCAGCGCUCUGUCGCAUGGGCUACUGUCCUCAGUCGGAUGCCAUCUUUGAGCUGCUGACAGGCCGAGAGCACCUGGAGCUGUUUGCCCACCUGCGUGGUGUCCCUGAUGCCAAGAUCGGCCAGACAGUGAGCUCCGGAUUGGCGAACCUGGGGCUCCAGCAGUAUGCCAACCAGCCCGUGGGUACCUACAGUGGUGGCAACAAACGGAAACUGGCAACAGCUGUGGCGCUGGUGGGGGACCCGGCAGUGGUCUUUCUGGAUGAACCAACCACUGGCAUGGACCCCAGUGUAAGGCGCUUCCUCUGGAACAGCCUCUUGGCUGUGGUGAGGGAGGGCCGCUCUGUGGUACUUACCUCGCACAGCAUGGAGGAAUGUGAAGCACUCUGUACACGCCUGGCCAUCAUGGUGAACGGGAAGUUCCGCUGCUUGGGGAGCCCGCAGCACCUCAAGGGCAGAUUUGGUGCUGGCCACACGCUGACCCUGCGAGUGCCCAUGGGGAGGUCUGAGCCAGUGGCAGCUUUCGUGGCAGCCGCAUUCCCAGGGGCUGAGCUGCAGGAGGCUCACGGGAGUCGCAUGCGCUUCCGGCUGCCACCAGGAGGGCGUUGCACCCUAGCCCAUGUCUUUGGAGAGCUGGCAGCACACGGGGCAGAGCACGGCGUGGAGGACUUCUCAGUGAACCAGACCACCCUGGAGGAGGUAUUCCUGUACUUCUCGGAGGACCAGGGGAAGGAUGAAGCUGAGGAGGAUCACCAGGAGACAGGAGUGGGGGUGGACCCUAGGUUAGGCCCACAGGUCCCCAAACUCAUCACCCGGUUCUUGGAUGACCCCAGCACGACGGAGACAGUGCUGUGAGCCUCCCUUGUCUGUGGGGCUGGUGGGAGACCCUGGGAGUGACAAAGGCAGGACAGAGGGCCUGGAGCUUGCUCCCAGACUCCCAGAGGGGCUGCUCUCCUGGAGGAAAUAAAA